GCCGCGCUCGGGCCGCGAAGGUGCGUGCGGCGCUCGGUGAUUGGCGGCGGCCCGGAGCUGCACGGCUGCCAUUGGCUGCCCGGCCCUCUUUGUUCCCGGGUCCGGGCCGCAGGCCGGCUGCGGCGGACUGGGCGGCGGAAGUUCGACGGCGCCGGGCGAGUGGCUGUUGAGCGGCGGCGCGGGAGUUCCGCAGGUUCCCCGUGUCCGCAGCGGAGCCGGAGGCCAGCUGAGCCCGGCCGUGGGAUCCCGGAUAGGAGGAGGAGGGGACCCAUAGGACGCGUAAACAUGGACCUGGAAAACAAAGUGAAGAAGAUGGGCUUAGGUCACGAGCAAGGAUUUGGAGCCCCUUGUUUAAAAUGCAAAGAAAAAUGUGAAGGAUUCGAACUGCACUUCUGGAGAAAAAUAUGUCGUAACUGCAAGUGUGGCCAAGAAGAGCAUGAUGUCCUCUUGAGCAAUGAAGAGGAUCGAAAAGUGGGAAAACUUUUUGAAGACACCAAGUAUACCACUCUGAUUGCAAAACUAAAGUCAGAUGGAAUUCCCAUGUAUAAACGCAAUGUUAUGAUAUUGACGAAUCCAGUUGCUGCCAAGAAGAAUGUCUCAAUCAAUACAGUUACCUAUGAGUGGGCUCCUCCUGUCCAGAAUCAGGCAUUGGCCAGGCAGUACAUGCAGAUGCUACCCAAGGAAAAGCAGCCAGUAGCAGGCUCAGAGGGGGCACAGUACCGGAAGAAGCAGCUGGCAAAGCAGCUCCCUGCACAUGACCAGGACCCUUCAAAGUGCCAUGAGUUGUCUCCCAGAGAGGUGAAGGAGAUGGAGCAGUUUGUGAAGAAAUAUAAGAGCGAAGCUCUGGGAGUAGGAGAUGUCAAACUUCCCUGUGAGAUGGAUGCCCAAGGCCCCAAACAAAUGAACAUUCCUGGAGGGGAUAGAAGCACCCCAGUAGCAGUGGGGGCCAUGGAGGACAAAUCUGCUGAGCACAAAAGAACUCAAUAUUCCUGCUAUUGCUGCAAACUGAGUAUGAAAGAAGGCGACCCAGCCAUCUAUGCCGAAAGGGCUGGCUAUGAUAAACUGUGGCACCCAGCUUGUUUUGUCUGCAGCACCUGCCAUGAACUCCUGGUUGACAUGAUUUAUUUUUGGAAGAAUGAGAAGCUAUACUGUGGCAGACAUUACUGUGACAGCGAGAAACCCCGAUGUGCUGGCUGUGACGAGCUGAUAUUCAGCAAUGAGUAUACCCAGGCAGAAAACCAGAAUUGGCACCUGAAACACUUCUGCUGCUUUGACUGUGAUAGCAUUCUAGCUGGGGAGAUAUACGUGAUGGUCAAUGACAAGCCCGUGUGCAAGCCCUGCUAUGUGAAGAAUCACGCUGUGGUGUGUCAAGGAUGCCACAAUGCCAUCGACCCAGAAGUGCAGCGGGUGACCUAUAACAAUUUCAGCUGGCAUGCAUCCACAGAGUGCUUUCUGUGCUCUUGCUGCAGCAAAUGCCUCAUUGGGCAGAAGUUCAUGCCAGUAGAAGGGAUGGUUUUCUGUUCAGUGGAAUGUAAGAAGAGGAUGUCUUAGGAGGGCACCCAGAAGUAUCGAGCCAUAGCUAUCCAAAGUGGUCUGCAUUUCUACUGUAAAAUGCAAUUUGAAAAAUAAAACGCAAAAAAAGAAACUGUAAAGGAAACCAAGAGAUUUUGUUUAAUUUUUUUGGCCGUUUUUUCUUCAUCAAUUUUUUUUCAGUCUCAACUUUUAAACUUGGUUUAAGCAUUUGAUUUGUAAAACAGUAAAUAAUUGUAUCUUUCCAUAGCUUUUCAAAUGUGAAAUCAUUUAGUUGGAAGCUUGGAUCUCAUUAAACUUCAUGCCUCUAUUCCAUUUAUGCCACACACUUAAAAGUUAGUGUACUGAAUGGAAAGAUGAGCAUUUCUAGUUCUACACUUCUUUUUUCCCCCUCAUGUGUAAAAUGAAAAGGAAACUAAAUUUGCCCUAAUACCAAGGCGCUACGUUUAUUGCCUCGUCUUAUUCACUGACCUUUGUAAUGAUACACAGUGAAUUCUUUUUUGUUGUUACCCAAAUAUAUGAUAUUCAAAUAAUUUCUAUUUUAAUAACUCAUAAAAAUUUAAGAUCAAAUAAUUGCAUUCUUGAAACAAUUCUUAAUCAUUUAUUUUCAACACGUGUACUAUAAAGAACCUAAGAAAUUAGACAAUUUUUGACAAAGAGAAAUGCAGUGUAGUAUGCAGAGCUGCUGUUUUAAUGCCUAUGCAUUUACUCUUUCCUGAUUAGGCAGAGAUGGCAUUUUCUUUAUUGCAUUUCUCUAUUUUUUUAAUGUACCCUACCUUCAGUAUUCUCUUUGUAAGUUGGUGACUUACAUCUGUGGCCUUGAAUAUUUUAUUAUCACAUGUGGCAUAACAGUAUCCACACUUUUUAGUUCUUUAUUUUUUUUUUAUUUUGAGCAAUUCUCCUGCCUCAGCUUCCCAAAUAGCUGGGAUUACAGGUGCAUGCCACCACACCCAGCUAAUUUUUGUAUUUUUAGUAGAGACAGGUUUUCACCAUGUUAGCCAGGCUGGUCUCAAACUCCUGACCUCAGAUGAUCCGCCUGCUUGGCCUCCCAAAGUGCUGGGAUUACAGGUGUGGGAGCCACCAUGCCUGACCCACACACUUUUUACUUGUAUAGAUGAUUUUUGGCUUGGACAUAAAAGCCAAGCCACCCAUUUGCUUUUAAUCCAAAGAACAUGUAUAGUUUUUGUACCCAGAGACUAUGAUUUAUAUUGAUUGCACUUGCCUGCCAUGAUUUAGAUAAGAUUUUUUUUGCAUGGUUUUUAUUCCUUCCUAAUGGAUCCUGUUUUAUAAUACUUCCAAGCCUGUCCAUGGAUAUAUCAAAUGUCUUCACUAGUAUAUUUUCAUGGCUAGGUAUUUCUAAUGUUUAUUUUUCCAUGUGUACUUCUACACAUAGCUAUGCACUAUGAAAAUUAAAUGGAAUGAAUGAUAUGUAUAUUACUCAAAAUAAAGUUUCUUUCACUUUAA